UAUCUGUUAGGAACUGGGAAUUGAACUGGAAGCCCUGCCCUGGGCUGGAAUUGGAGAAAGGCCAGCUGUCUCAGCAGCAACUUCUUGGACUGUAAAGAGAGGAGAAAGAAACUACACAGCAGUAAACAACUUCAGGUUCACCCAAAGUGUUUUAUCUGUAGAAGGGGGUAAGGACUCUUCCUGACAUGGCCCAGACGCUGCAGCUGCACUUUGGAACCUGCCUGUGGGCAGCUCUGAUGCUCUGUGUGUUUGCUGGAUCCCGGAGACAGACAGAUGAACAAAUUGACCUCCAGGAUGCUCCAGAUACAAAUGGGGUUGAGAAUGCUGGCAUCAUACUAGAGUUACUUUGGAGAGGAAUUGAAAUUAUGGCCAAUGAGACAAUCAGGAUUGAGGAUGAAGAGUUUGCCUCUCUGCGUCCCACCAAGCGAUUACUCCGGGUUCUUCAGCAUGAGAUUCCAAAAAACCCAGAUGGGAUUGAAGAGUACCUGGACUUCCUCUCACAGUCUGACACCCCUAUAACUCCACAGGAAUUCAAGAAGCUCAUCUUUACCACUGUCUACUGUGCUUACCAAAUUCGCUCCAUUCAAGGCCUGGAGAAAAACCUCUGGAUCAACCUUUUCUCUCAGCUGGUUAUUGAAAUACUCCGUGAUCUCUGCAAACGAUUCUGUUCGAAGGAAUCUAUGGAUUCUGUUCAGCUUCUGGCCUCUAGGCCUUGGCAGGAAAUGCCUGUCUAUAUUUCUGCACUGAAGAAAUUCUACCGGUCUAGCCUAGCCAGGACCCAAAGAGACUCUCAUCCAUAAAGGGGAAAUCUUGGUCCCUCUAAGCCAAAUUAAUAUGCAAAUAUAUAUUUUUAGGUUCAUUCUCCAGGAAUAUGCACAGAAGUGUCACCCUUCCUGUUUUCUUAUCUCUGGUGUAGCUGCUGCUUAGCUUUUCACUGGAUUUCUAUGAUUAGCAUGUUGCUCAAGGCCUCUGCCCUGCGCUCUCUAUAGGACACGCAAUUCAGAUGGCACUUUGCUUUUGAUUGGAAUUGGGUUACUGAGGAACAUGGAGUUACAUGUCCCUGCUCAGUGACCAUUGUCAGAGAGCUCUUGGCAUUUUUAUGUGUUACACUGCAAUUCUGUGUGUAGCGAAAAUUACAAGAAACCAGAUCCAUGUUAAACACUAGGGAGAUCUUACGAAUUGUAAGAACUGUUUACCAACAGAACAUGUAUCUUCUUAGAAGGGAGCUUUUACGAAAUUAUGAACAAUCAUCAGUUCAGGAGGCUUUAUGUCAGAAAGAAAGUGAUGAGACUGAAUGCCUAAUGGGGCAGUCCUUCCAGCUUAGUGUUUCUUCUUGUAUAACAUAAAAUUCUUCAGGUACAGUGUACAAUUUGCCCUAAAAGCCACUAUGUCAGAAAAGGGUUAGUUUAGUUCUACCAGGUUUGGCAUCCAGACAGUGGUUGAGCAAGCCGAUUGGGCACCUGGGAUGGCGCGCGUGCCCUGCGCCCAGGGGCGGGGCCAGCUGCUCAUGGGGGCACAGCGAGGCCUCCAAGGA